AAGAAAAUUUGGACAAACUGAAGAACUCAGUAAUCAAAAGAAAUCAGUAACUGAAAUAGCAAGCAUUGUAACAGAAGAAAGAACUAUUAUUUGUUUGAUAACUAAAGAAUAUUAUUGGCAGAAACCAUCAUAUGAAAAUGUAUUUUUAGCGUUAACAAACCUUAAACACUACUGCAUUUCAGAAAAUAUUACAAGGUUAGCCAUGCCUAAAAUUGCAUGCGGGUUAGAUGAACUACAAUGGCCUGAAGUUCGUACUAUGAUGCGAUACAUCUUUAGAAAUACUCAAGUUCAAAAACUAAUAUUCACGGAUAACAAAUAUUCAAAGGAAGAAAAACUCAAAAUCAUAGAAGAAUUCCAUAAUACACCAAUGGGUGGACAUCAAGGUAUAGCCAGGACAAUCAAACGAAUAAAAUAGCACCACAACU